CUUUGGGAUUUCAUAAAGUCCCUAAAGGCGGAAUAAAGGUAUCGGCCAUUUACAAAUACUAACUGGCUGUGAUAUUGAUAUGCUGCUACACGUAAUUGGUGGGCAGAAGCGAGAAAACCACCCGCCAGCUUAGAUAAAUUCAGCUUCGCAAUCAGCAUAUCGUAUUGGUAUUGUAACUUUAAUGGAGAUACUGAAUGUCCAGGAAAAGUAUCUGUUGGACUAUUUGAUUUCCAUUUAUGAUACUGCCAAUUUAUAUAAAUAAGAUAAAUAAGACAGUACCAUUUCGGAUUAAAGGUUUUUAAUGAACGUUUUUGGAUACAAGUUUUGUCAAUUAUGUAUUGAACCACAAAUAGCUACUUUUAUAUUAAAAAGCACAUAUCAUUUUAUUGGGUUGUAUUUCUAAUUCAUUGUUAUAUAUUUACAAGGAUUUAUUCUAUUCUCGUUACCAAUACAUUAAAAUUAUUUUUAAAACUAAAUUUCUUUUGCUGCAAUAACAUAGGAAUUUUCAGACAGUAGUGUUUGGAAGAAGGUGGUGACUAGUGAUAUAAUUUUGGAAACAAGAGUGCCUACUUGUUAAGGGGCAGUGCCGUAUACAACACACAGAAUCAUGUCAAAGUAUCAUAUGAUGGACGCCGCCCGGAACAUACGUUUCCGUAUCCAGGCAACUGACAAUGAAACCUACGUCGCUAUAGUGGACAAUCGUGAAACAGAUUAUGAUAACAGUGGUGCUCUUUAUUAUGUGGUGGCAGUCGUUCUCAUUUACGGUCUUUCUAUUAUUAUGAUGAUUGCGUCACAUAUUAGACGGAACAACCAAGACGGACAGCUUAGAUCAUAUCUGAAAGAUAUGGCAAUACUCAGAAAGAAAAACAGACGUGAAAAAUUGUUGGUAAAAAUGACGAAUCUUGCAUCUAAAUCUAGGCCUUUCCCGAACCAGAUAACUGAGGAAACAGCUUUUCAUGAGGAUAAAAAAGACAGUAUAGCAUUGUACAGUCGCCUGUCAACAGAAGCCGUUGGUGAAUCGCCUGACUUGUUGUUACCGAAAACAAGCACGAAUGACUGUGUUGACUCUGGUUUUAGCACAGAGGCACCGAAAUUAGAAUCUCCAGUCACGCCAAAGAUAUCAUCGCCCAGAUUUCCAACACCUAAGCUCAUACGUGCUGACAGGAAAUCUUAUAAUCUGAUUCAAGUGAUAAAUGAAAAUACGGUUCUCUGAUUUCUGACAGAUACUCUGGAGACAGCACAACAGUAUCUAAUGGUUAAUUUUAUGAUCAUUUUCUAGUAUAACUGGGAGGUGUUUGAUAUAUCAUGUGACAGAUUAUUUUGUAUGCAUUGAGAAAAUAUAUUAGAUUGUGUGAAAUGUAAUUUGUAAAUAAAAUCUGUAAGAAGAUCCUUUGGAAACACAGAAUGCAACUAAAGCAAAAUAUUAGCAGACGUGGUUUGAUUGAGUCUGUUAUAAGCGAAAUGGAAAGUGCAACACCUCCACACCCUCAAGCACCGGCUUAUAUGGAAUUCUAUUACACAGAUAAUUAAAUGGUUUCCAUGAUACCAAAUGUCCAGAAAAUUUAACAACAUUGAAAGUUGAAUGUAUACCAAAGUGUACAAUAAUUGUUAUACAACUAUAUUCACUUAAAACCUUGAGCUGUUACAACAUUUAUUGAUAUAUGUUUUCAAUAUUUGGACUUAUUUUUGAACGUAUUAGAACAUUACUGUUCAUUACCAUUAUGAAAUUAUAGGUUGCACACACUUCUGAUUAACCUACUCACUUUUCAGCUUGCUUGUCAAAACAGUGCAAAUGAAACAACUACUUGUUCAGAUAAGCUCUAACACUAGCGCGGUUGUUAAAACAUUUACAAGUAGGGUAAACAGAUGCUAGAGCAACAAUAAUAUGUCACUAUGCAAGACAAAUGUCUGCUCCCUUAACCUAAAUUGACAUAAAUAUGAAUUGCAUGGUCGUCUGAAGUUCCUUAAGGCUUUUUAUUUCAUGUUAAAACAGACAAUGCUGCUGUCCAAAUAGAAUAGUUAAAAAAAAUGCUACUUUCAUUAUUACGCAUGGAAUUAUGAAGUCAAGGUCACAGAGGGAGAUAAUCAAAAUAGUGCAUUUUGUUUCUAUUAAACGAUAUUGCUUGGCAGUCACCUUCGCCUUAAUGUUAACAAUUGCUUUUUUGAAAGGUGAAGUCCUCUACUAAUAGAUAUUAGUUAACAUUUCCGUUAAAUUUAAUUAAAAUGCAGUCUAAAAUUCAGAUGUACUUAUCAUGUUAUAUAAUGUUGAACAUACGAGAAAAAGAAGAAAAAAAGAGAUGUAUGUUGCAUUUCGUUAUGAAAAAUGUAUUUAUUCAUGUUUUCUAUUUUUAAAUUAUCCAUAACGUAUCUCUUUCAUGUGUCACUAAAACGUCUUUUAUGUUGAACAAACCAAGUAUAACAUCUCGUUCAAAAAGUAAAAAUACAAAUCUGCAAUAAAUGAGGCUCAAUAAGUCUCCAUCGGUAUAUCACUUACUUGCUUGUAUGUUUUAUUGCUAAACUACCAAAUAUGUCUAUCCCACAAGACACAUGCUUCACAUCCUCGAGUUCUUUCAGCUGAUAUUCCAAACAAAGUGUUACAUGUUUUCUUUGGUAUAGGUGAGUUGUUUGAUUAAGGUACAAGAUUUAGAAAGAUCAAACUUGAUCUUUUUGAAUAACAUAUCAGAAACGUUUAAUUUAUCACAUUUAAAAGGAUUAUACAAGGACCUUAAUUUACUUAGGAGCACGGUUGCACGGGAUCUUUAAGAUAUUGGACUUUUUGUUACUAUUAUGUGUGCCAAUUUACUUUGAUUUACAUUGUCAUGUAAUUGUGGAACUUAGUAUGAUUAAAGGGUGAGGGAGUAUGCACAAUUUACCGGUUUAAACUCCCAAAUAGUGGAUUUGCCAAGGACCGCUCCGAAUA